AUGGGGCAGAGCAUGAGCUGUGGAACGAGACCGGAGCACGGGAUAUUCGCCUCCGUGCAGUGCGGCGACAUCGUCACUGUCCGGCGUGCGAUGACGGCGGAUCCCAGUCUUUUGCAUCAGACCACUGCUUAUGAUCGUCACUCCGUUCUCCACGUCGCUGCUGCUAGUGGCCAGAUCGAGAUUUUGUCCUUGCUUUUGGAACGAUUCACGAAUCCAGAUAUGUUGAAUCGUCACAAGCAGACUCCGUUAAUGUUGGCGGCGAUGUACGGGAGGAUCUCAUGCGUGAAGAAGCUCGCUGAAGUUGGAGCUAAUAUUUUGAUGUUUGAUUCCGCCAAUCGAAGAACAUGCUUGCAUUACGCAGCGUAUUACGGUCACGCUGAUUGCGUUCAAGCCAUUCUCUCUUCUGCUCAGUCAAGUCCCGUCGCUGUUCAUUGGGGAUAUGCGAGAUUUGUGAACAUAAGAGAUGAUAAAGGAGCAACACCGUUGCAUCUAGCUGCUCGGCAGAGACGGCCUGAGUGUGUUAACGUCUUAUUAGACAGCGGCUCUCUCGUUUGUGCAUCGACUAGCGUCUACGGGUCUCCAGGAAGCACACCUCUUCAUUUAGCAGCAAGAAGCGGAUCUAUCGACUGCGUCAGAAAACUGCUUGCUUGGGGAGCUGAUCGUCUUCAGAGAGACGCUUCUGGGAGGAUACCGUACGUGGUUGCUAUGAAACACAAGCAUGGAGCAUGUGGAGCGUUGCUAAACCCUUCCUCAGCAGAGCCACUUGUUUGGCCAUCGCCGUUGAAGUUCAUCAGCGAGCUCAACGACGAAGCUAAACUUCUCCUGGAGCAGGCUCUAAUGGAUGCAAACAGAGAAAGAGAGAAAACCAUCCUCAAAGGAACUGCUUAUUCUUUACCAUCACCAUCAUCUUUCUCUGACACUGCCUCUGAUGAUAACAUGUCCGAGGCGAGUGAUUCGGAGCUGUGCUGUAUUUGCUUUGAGCAAGUGUGCACGAUUGAAGUCAAAGACUGUGGUCACCAAAUGUGUGCGCAAUGCACGCUUGCGCUUUGCUGUCACAACAAACCGAACCCGACGACCUCGACGGUUACUCCGCCGGUUUGUCCGUUCUGUAGAAGCGUCAUCGCGCGGUUAGUCGUGGCGGAGAACAACAACAAGAAGAAGAACAACGAGAAGAGCAAGAGCCAAGAUGAAGUUGUUGAUGUUAGCUCCUCAAAGCUAAGGAAGCAUAGAAGAUCGAUAAACCUUGGCGAAGAAAGCAGCAGUUUCAUGGGUUUAUCGACGAUUGGUGGUUCGUUCGGGAAGAUAACCGGCCGUGGCUCGGGUAGGAUCGCAGCCGACAACGAGCUGAUGGACAAACCGAUCGUGUGA